GCAGGCACGCGCAUGGGCGGGGCCUCGCCCUUAGGUCCCGCCCAACCGCACGCUCUUCCUCUUCCUACGGGAAGGGGGGUUGUGGCGCUCGCGGCAAUCUUCGGCUGCGGGUGUUGGGCUGGUUGUGGCCGCGGGCAUGGCGGGCUCGGGGAGCCUGGUCCUGCGGCCCUGGAUUCGAGAGCUGGUUCUGGGAUCAGAGGCACGCGCAGGUCCACAAGCAGGGCAACUGCUCGAGGUACUGCAGGAGGUCGAGGCCUCGGGCGCGUCCCGCGCCCCUGACGCGUCUGACCUCGGGGCCGCGCUGCUCGUGUCCGAUGGGACCCACAGUGUCCGAUGCUUGGUGACGCAGGAGGCCCUGAACGCCUCAGACUGGGAGGAGAAGGAGUUCGGCUUCCGCGGGGCAGAAGGCCGACUGCUGCUGCUGCAGGACUGUGGGGUGCGCAUCCAGGUCCCCGAAGGCAGUGCGCCCGCAGAGUUCUACCUCCAGGUGGACCGCUUCAGCCUGCUGCCCACGGAGCAGCCCCGGGUACGAGUGGCUGGUUGCAACCAAGACCCAGAUGUGCAGAAAAAGCUUUAUGACUGCCUUGAGGAGCAUCUCUCAGAGUCCGCCUCCCCCAGCGAAGGCCUGUCACUGUCCCAGCUUCUGGACGAGGUGCAGGAGGAUAAGGAGCAUCGGGGGGCACUAGUACGCCUGGCUGAGAGCUGCCUGAUGCUGACGGGCCCUUGCACAGCAGCCCCCGUCACCCGCUGGGCCGCCUCACGCUGCAGAGCCACGGGAGAAGCCAUGUACACCAUCCCCAGCCUAUGGCUUCACAUUUCUGAGAAUGACCAGCAAAUCCUGAGUUCUCUGGGCCCAGCCCCGGAGCUAUCCCUAUCAGACCCGGCUCUGCAGAACCUCUCUCUAACCCUGGUCUCCUCCCCUUCUUUGUCUCCGAGUUCUUCAGGAACCCCUGCCUUCUCUGGCCACAUGCAGUCAGAGGAAAGUGGUUCCAGCAUCAGCCUUCUGCCUGCCCUGUCCUUGUCUGCUCCAGACCCACUGCAGGGCAGCUCCCAGUCCCUACCAGCCAUCUGCUCAGCCCCCAGGCCCCCAUCCCCCAGCUCCCCACAUCCUAGUCAAGCACCCAGCUCCCCACUCCUGAGCCACACUCCCAGUCUCUUGUCCCUUGGCCAUGUCCCCAGUCCACAUCAGGCCCAUGUGAUCAAAGCCCAUAAACCUCACCUAGAAUUCAAGGAGCUAGGGUUGCCCCCCAAGAACCAGCAGCCCCCUCCAAGGAGCAGAACUACCAUGGGAGCCCUGGAGCCCAGCCCUAUCUGGAAAAUAUACACCUUUCAGGAACCCCCAAAGAGGCAUCGUGAUGGCUCUGCCUUCCAAUAUGAGUACGAGCCACCCUGUACCUCCCUCUGCACCCAGGUCCAAGCUGUCAGGCUCCCUCCCCAGCUUGUGGCCUGGGCCUUGCACAUUCUGUUGGAGCCACAGCCAGAGUCUGAGCUAACCCAGGUGUGAUGGGACCUGGGAGUAUGUACACACAGGUCUGUGCCUGCGGGCAGAUAAACCAUACUCAUACUCUG